AUCAUUUCUGCAUACGUCGCUGCCGAAACGACACCUCCGUUGGAUUUUUUAUUCAAUAAUUCACAACCUAGUCCUUUUAGAAUUAUUAUUAUAAAAAAACAAUUAUAAACCAUUCUCCUUUUUAUACCGCGUUACCUUGGCUGUAUAAACGCGAACACCAGUUGGCGCCAAACCAAAGUGUCAAAGUGACGUUAUAAAACGCGCGAAACAGUCCUUUUUAUUUUAACGUAAAUUUUAAAUUUCUUUCGUGAAAAUGAGGGAGCUUAACGGAGUUUCAACCACCAUCGAGAACAAUGGAGUUAUUGUGGCCAAAAAGAAGUCAGAAAACGGCAACGGCCACGAGAACUGCACCUUCCACCAUGACCUCGAGUUGGACCACAGGCCGCCCACCAGGGAGGCACUUCUCCCCGACAUGGCUAACUCAUACAGACUCCUGCUCACAGGUCUUGGUGAGGACCCUGAAAGAGAGGGUCUGCUGAAGACUCCUGAGCGUGCUGCUAAGGCUAUGCUCUUCUUCACCAAGGGUUACGACCAGAGCCUUGAAGAGGUCCUAAACAACGCUAUUUUUGAUGAAGACACUGAUGAGAUGGUAGUUGUGAAGGACAUUGAGAUGUUCUCCAUGUGUGAGCAUCAUUUGGUGCCCUUCUACGGAAAGGUGUCCAUUGGAUACUUGCCCCAGGGCAAGAUCCUUGGAUUGAGCAAGCUGGCUAGGAUCGUGGAAAUCUUCUCUCGUCGUCUCCAAGUCCAGGAGCGCCUUACCAAACAGAUCGCUGUAGCUGUGACCCAAGCAGUCCGCCCGGCUGGUGUUGCCGUCGUUAUUGAAGGAGUACACAUGUGCAUGGUGAUGCGAGGUGUGCAGAAGAUCAACAGUAAGACUGUCACGUCCACAAUGCUGGGAGUAUUCCGCGAUGAUCCCAAGACGAGGGAGGAGUUCCUUAACCUCGUGCACUCCAAGUGAGAUAGCGAGCCUAUACCUCUCAAGUUGACACGUCCAUAAUAUUCUUUCCCUCUUUAGUUU